AUGGCGAAGGAGCAUCUCCAGGUUCUCUCCGCCCUCGACGCCGCCAAAACACAAUGGUACCAUUUCACCGCCAUCGUCGUCGCCGGCAUGGGCUUCUUCACCGACGCCUAUGACCUGUUCUGUAUCUCCCUCGUAACCAAACUCCUCGGCCGCAUCUAUUACCACGUCGAUGGAUCCCUUACCCCCGGCUCUCUUCCUCCGCACAUCUCCGCCUCCGUCAACGGCGUUGCCUUCUGUGGGACUCUCUCCGGCCAACUGUUCUUUGGUUGGUUAGGAGAUAAGCUUGGGCGGAAGAGAGUGUAUGGGAUGACUCUGUUGCUUAUGGUUAUUUGUUCGAUUGGAUCUGGAUUGUCGUUUAGUCAUAAGUCGAGUUCUGUGAUUGCGACUCUCUGUUUCUUCCGGUUCUGGCUUGGCUUUGGAAUCGGCGGCGAUUACCCUCUUUCCGCCACCAUCAUGUCGGAGUACGCGAACAAGAAGACUCGCGGCGCUUUUAUCGCAGCCGUGUUUGCGAUGCAG